CGGGUAUUGAUGCACGCAGACAGUUUUAAUCAGAGCCGUGGACAUGAUAACGACACUUUCUUUUACUGUCAAUGGAUAACACAUGCGCACCGAUGUUUGUUUAUUAAGCGUGACAUGGAGCCAGUGUGUGCGCACUGGUCGGGGGAGUCGUGUUUGCGCAGUUCAUUUUCACCAAAAAAACAGAGAGCAGGAAAGUAAACCAAGAUAAUCGAGAUGAGUGCACACAAGGAAGCAAUCAGUGCUUGAUGAUUAAAGACCUGCCUCAUCGCUGGAAUGUGUUGUGUCAGAAACAAGUGACUCUUCAACUGUCAAACCAUUACAGUUUGAGACGGUGCUCUCAAAUACAUGAACCAUGAGGAAUCCAGUGGGGCCGUCAGUUUCACUCUGGAGAUUUAUUAAGGGUUUAGAUUAUGGGGUGUUAUCAGUUUUGAGGCAACGCCCCCUGUGUGCCAGGGCUAUAAAAGCGUGUGUCAGACAAGAAACGUUUUCUUCUGUGUUUGACACAACGCCUGGAAGCGGAAAAGAUGCCAGAGUUUGAGAAGAGCACCGUUCACAUCAGAGACCCUGAGAGGGUGGAGCAGAUUAUCUGCAGUCUUGUUAAAGGUGGAGCAUCCAAACUGCAGAUCAUCACAGAUUUUGAUAUGACUUUAAGCAAGUUUGCUGUCAAUGGAAAACGCUGCCCAACAUGUCAUAAUGUCAUUGACAACUGCAAGCUAGUGACGGAAGAAUGUAGGAAGAAGCUGCUCCAACUAAAGGAGACGUAUUAUCCAAUAGAGAUAGACCCUCAUCUGUCCAUGGAGGAGAAAUAUCCAUUUAUGGUGGAGUGGUAUUUUAAGUCGCACACGUUAUUGGUAGAACAGCGAUUGCAGAAAGACAAACUUCCAGAGGUCGUGAGAGAGUCAGAUGCCUGUCUGAGGGAAGGGUACGAGCAGUUCUUCGACCGGCUGCACCAGCACAGCGUUCCUAUGUUCAUUUUUUCCGCCGGUCUGGGAGAUGUGCUGGAGGAAAUAAUCAGACAAGCUGGCGUCUAUUACACCAACGUCAAAGUUGUGUCCAACUUCAUGGACUUUGAUGACAAUGGGGUUCUGAAAGGCUUUAAAGGAGAGCUGAUCCAUGUUUACAACAAGCAUGACAGUGCCCUGAGGAACACCGAUUAUUUCAAAGAACUGAAGCACAAUGGAAACGUUAUUCUGCUGGGAGACUCUCUCGGUGAUCUCAACAUGGCAGAUGGUGUGCCCAACGUAGAGAACAUCCUCAAAAUCGGCUUUCUUAAUGACAAGGUGGAGGAACGGUUAGAAAAGUACAUGGACUCUUACGAUAUAGUUCUGGUGAAGGAUGAAACACUUGAAGUGCCUAAUUCCAUCCUACAGAAGAUCUUAUAAUAGACACCGCAAAGCCUGAUGGGAAAAGACUCAAAUUCCGGGAUAUUCACUUGGAUAAUUCCAGCACUGAGGCCAGCCUUCAUCUGUCGACAUGUCUCACAUGUCUCACACAAGCCAUACUUCACCCUUUGACCUUUUUAAAGUUGACAACACAUACAUGUGGAAUCUCAGUGUAACCGAAUAUCGAAGGAAAAAUAUGUUUAUUUGCAUAUUGGUAAAAUUAUUGUUUGUAGGUUUUUUGAUAUGGAAAUUCAGUGUUUGCAAUAAAAGUUGGGACAGUGAACAAUACAAAGCCCAACAGACUUUCAACAAUCAUAUUCAUCAUCAUUCAUAAAAUGAUGUGCACUUCUAAAGUUUGAAGAGCUGUAAAAGUUCUCAUGGAAGAUUGCAUGCACAGAUCAAAAUGAAAGCAAUACUGUUAAUUGCUCCAAAAGCCGUGACGUUUUCCUGUGAGGAUGUGUAAGCAUAAUUGAUGAACCUUUCGGUGUUAACAUUUGCACAACUUUCUGAUCACCUGUGUGGUAGGCAAUACAGUUUUUUUCUUUAGAUUGUUUGAUUCUAUGAAAUUAUGUGUGGAAGAAAAAGAGCUGGCAAUAACUGUUACUAUACUACUUUUCUUAAAGAAAAAGCCCAAAAAGAGUAUUUGUGUUUGUAUUUGAUAACUAUAACCAGUGUUGGGGAAAGUCACUUUUUAAAAAAAGUAAAGCAUUACAAUAUUAUGUUGCUCAGUUAAUUGUUAUGAAAAAUAAUGCUUUAGUACUUUUGAGUAACUUUAUGCCAGCUGCAACAGGAGUAGUGUCAGUGAAUAAAUGGGAAAACAAAAGUAACAUGCGUUACUUAUUUGAAAAAAGUUACUCUCAUAUUUUCUUAAAAAUGGAAAAGUAAUACAUCACUUUACUAGUUACUUGAAAAAAAGUAAUUUUAUUACGUAACUUGCAUUACUUGUAAUGUGUUACCCCGAACACUGACCAUGAACACUGACCACUGACAAUUUGUUCAGAUUACAUAUCCCAUUAGGCUGUGACAAAUUGAUUGGUUUUUUUAUGUUAUGAGUUACUGAAUUGAUUUGUCCCAAAAAAUAAAGCAAGUCUUAUGCUUAGUGAA